GAAGUGAGUGUUGAGUGUUGGAGCUCCUCCUCCUCCUCUUCUCGUCUCCUCAGUGUCUUUAUAAGCUUCAGUCUCUCUUCUCCUCACACUCCAACCUGCUCACCUCUCAGCUGGACAGUAAGAGACGUUUACAGCACACACUGACAACAUGCUGGGGACCCUCUGCACUCUCAUCACUGCUCUAACAUAUGUUGAUGCAGUGAUCGUGCUGACCCAGACGCCUGCUGUCCACACAGUUUCUACAGGACAACAGGUCGUUCUCAACUGCAACAUACAGAGAUAUGAUGGAAAUUAUGUCAGAUGGUACAAACAGGUUCCUGGAGAAGCUCCUCAGUUUGUUCUGGGAUUUCGCUACUCUGACAGUUCACUCUACUUUGGAUCAGGAUUCUCCUCAGACCGAUUCAACUCUAAAGCCUCAUCAAACAUAGAUUACCAGUUCAUCAUAAAGAGAGCAGAGACAGGAGACUCUGCUGUGUAUUACUGUCAGACAUGGGACAACUCUGCUUCUGCAGCUGUAUUCGGACAAGGCACCAAGCUGAUUGUGACAAGCUCCAGCCUCCCUCCUCCUGUCCUCACUCUCUUCCCUCCGUCCAGCGCUGAGCUGCAGUCCAACAAAGCCAGUCUGGUCUGUCUGUCCAGUCAGUCGGUGCCUUUUGCAGAUGUGAGCUGGUUUGCUGGUGGGAGUCCAGUGAGCAGUGGCAUCUCUACCAGCACCGCUGUUCAGCAACCGGACCAGACUUUCCAAAUCAGCAGCUUUCUGGCCAUCCAGACGUCCGACUGGAACAUGGAGAAGGUUUACACAUGUAAAGUGUCUUUGGGCUCCCAGACUGCAGAGAAAAACAUCAACAAGUCCGACUGUGGCUCUGAAAAUAGUAGAGGAGCAGAAUGACCAUCUCACAUCUGCUUCUUUACUGUUUGUGCUGUCUGCUCAUGACGAGGUUCACAUGUUAGAAGAGAUGCGUCUGCAUGCUUGUAAUAAAUGUUGUGGCAGUCAGGUGGAGGUGUUGUUUCAGCUUUGACUCUGCUGCUUUUUUCAAGAUUCAUUCAAUAAAAACACACAAAAAAACUGUGAACAAA